UGGUUUGGAGGUUACUGUUUUUAAUGCUUCUUGUCCUUUGCCCCAUCUUUUUUGUUUUCUUUUCCUCUUUGACAGCCUUCUCAAAUAGCAUCAAAGCGCAGCACCAAAAAGCAACCCAAAACAGCUGAGAGAGAGAGAGAGUUAAAGAGAGUUGCACCAGAGAGAGAUCAAUGAGAAAUGGGGUGAGGCAGGAAAAAGCAAUAGCCAAGCAGCUAUCUUUUUAGGAUUCGCUGAUAAUCAAAACCCAGAAACCUUCUUCUUUUUUUUUUUUUAUAAAAUUUUGAUGGUAACUUGUGGAAGUUUUGAAGACAACAGUUACCGGUUACUAGUUGCUUUUUUACAUACAUAUUUGGACCGUUGGGUUAUCUUGAUCAGGAAUUAAGCAAAAGGACUGAGAGAUUUCAAGGCUUCAUAUCGAUUCUCAACAUUAAAAUUGGCUAAUUUUCAGUCGUGAAAAACUGGUUCUGGGCUGAUCCAUCACCUGGUUUUCGUAAUUAAGAAUUGUAAUCUGCGGUCAGAUUCAGGAAGUGAUUGUGUUGAGUAAUAAAGUCAUGGCGACUGUGAAGCAUGCAGAUUCUAAAGGCAUGUACUCGUGGUGGUGGAACAGCCACAUAAGCCCUAAAAAUUCGAAAUGGCUUCAGGAGAAUCUCACAGACAUGGAUACUAAAGUCAAGCAAAUGAUCAAGCUCAUUGAAGAAGAUGCUGAUUCCUUUGCUAGGCGAGCAGAGAUGUAUUACAAGAAACGCCCAGAGUUAAUGAAAUUGGUAGAAGAGUUUUACCGAGCAUACCGUGCAUUGGCUGAAAGAUAUGAUCAUGCAACUGGGGUGCUUCGUCAGGCUCAUCGGACCAUGGCAGAAGCAUUUCCAAACCAAGUUCCCAUGGUGUUUGGAGAUGACUCACCAAUUGGUUCUAUCACUGAGGUUGAUCCCCGUACGCCUGAGAUGCCACCGCCAGUACGUGCAUUAUUUGAGCCUGACGAGUUGCAGAAGGAUGCUGUGGGACUCUCUUCACAUGCUAUGAAGAGGAAUGGAGCAUUCACUGAAGAAUCUGAAUCUGUAAUGAUCAGAAAGGGUCUAAAACAGUUCAAUGAUUUGUUUGGUUCUGAAGAAGCUACAAACCAUGUAAAGUUUGCUGAAGGUAGGGCAAGAAAAGGCCUCAACUUUCAUGAUGUAGAGGAGAAAGAACAAAGUCUGCUAAACAAUGGGGGCCCUGAUCUCAAGGUUCAAGUUCCAUCUGAGUCUGAACGAGUGAGUAAAGCUGAGAUGGAAAUUUUAACGUUGAAGAAUGCUCUUGCUAGAUUAGAAGCUGAAAAAGAAGCUGGCCUACUUCAGUACCGGCAGAGUUUGGAGAGAUUGUCUAAUCUAGAGAGAGAAGUCUCUCGUGCACAAGAAGAUUCCCAAGGGCUUAAUGAACGAGCUGGAAAAGCUGAAGCUGAAGUUCAGACUUUGAAGGAUUCCCUCACCAAAUUAGAGGCUGAAAGGGAAGCUAAUCUUGUUCGAUACCAGCAAUGCAUGGAGAAAAUAAAUAAUCUUGAGAAUUGUAUUUCUCAUGCUCAAAAGGAUGCUGGAGAAUUGAAUGAGCGCGCAAGCAAAGCUGAGAUGGAAGCGCAAGCUGUAAAGCAGGACCUUGCCAGGGUGGAAGCUGAAAAAGAGGAUGCGCUUGCUCAAUACGAGCAGUGUUUAGAGACAAUAAAGAAUCUGGAAGAAAAAUUAUUGAAUGCCGAAGAAAAUGCCAGAAGGAUGACUGAACGAGCAGAGAAAGCUGAAAGUGAACUUGAAAUUUUAAAGCAAGUAGUUGUUGAGCUGACCAAAGAUAAGGAAGCAGCUGCUCUGCGGUACCAGCAGUGCUUAGAGACAAUUUCUAUCCUGGAAAACAAACUUGCCUGUGCCCAGGAGGAGGCUCAAAGGCUCAACAGCGAGAUAGAUGAUGGGGCUGCGAAGUUAAAAGGUGCUGAAGAAAGGUGUAGUCUGUUGGAGAGAACCAAUCAGAGUCUGCAUACUGAAUUGGAGUCUUUGGUGCAGAAGAUGGGGGAUCAAAGUCAAGAACUAACAGAGAAGCAGAAGGAGUUUGGGAUACUUUGGACUUCCAUACAAGAAGAGCGCUUGAGAUUUAUGGAGGCUGAAACAGCAUUUCAAACGCUGCAGCAUUUGCACUCUCAAUCUCAGGAAGAACUCAGAUCUCUGGCCACGGAGCUUCAGAAUAGGUCUCAAAUUUUACAGGAUAUUGAAACUCGUAAUCAGGGUUUAGAGGAUGAAGUUCAGAGGGUUAAGGAGGAGAACAAGGGACUGAACGAACUCAAUAUAAGUUCAGCAGUGUCCAUCAAGAAUUUGCAAGAUGAGAUCUUAAGCUUAAGGGAGACCAUAGCAAAACUUGAAGCAGAAGUUGAACUUAGAGUGGACCAAAGAAAUGCUCUUCAGCAAGAAAUUUACUGUUUGAAAGAGGAACUCAAUGACCUUAACAGGAGACAUCAGGAUAUGACAGGACAACUGGAGUCAGUUGGCUUAAAUCCAGAAAACUUUGCAUCAUCUGUGAAGGAAUUGCAGGAUGAGAACACAAUGCUAAAAGAGGUCUGCCAAAGAGACAGAGAUGAAAAGCUAGCCCUCCUAGAGAAGUUGAAAAUCAUGGAGAAACUCAUUGAGAAAAAUGCCCUUUUAGAAAACUCACUCUCAGAUUUGAAUGUUGAGCUAGAAGGUGUUCGUGGGAGGGUAAAGACAUUGGAAGAAUCCUGCCAAUCUCUUUUGAGAGAGAAAUCCACCCUUGCUGCAGAGAAGGACACACUCAUUUCUCAGUCACAGAUUGCAACUGAGAAUCUGGAGAAGCUUUCAGAGAAGAAUAACUUUCUGGAGAAUUCCCUUUCUGAUGCAAAUGCUGAACUUGAAGGAUUGAGGGUAAAAUUGAAGAGCUUAGACAAUUCAUGCCAGUUGCUCGGUGAUGAGAAGUCUGGCCUGAUAACAGAGAGAGAAGGCUUGGUUUCUCAGUUGGACGUCAGUCAGAAAAGGCUCAAAGAUUUAGAGAAAAGAUAUCAGGGACUAGAAGAAAAAUAUGUGGGUCUGGAGAAAGAAAGGGAAUCAACACUUCGUGAAGUACAAGAGCUACAAGAGUCACUAGAGGCUGAAAAGCAAGAACAUUCUAGUUUUGCAUUGAAUGGAAGCCGAGUGACUGCUAUGGAAUCUCAGAUCAGUUUUCUACAAGGGGAAAGUCUGUGCAGGAAGAAGGAGUAUGAAGAGGAACUGGACAAGGCCAUGAAUGCUCAGGUAGGAAUUUUCAUCUUGCAGAAAUGUGCACAAGAUCUGGAAGAGAAGAAUUUAUUUCUAUUGCUCGAGUGUAGGAAACUCUUGGAAGCCUCCAAAUUAUCAGAAAAACUUAUCUCUCAAUUGGAGCUUGGAAAUUCCGAAAAACAGAUGGAGAUAAAAUCCUUAUUUGAUCAAAUUACCAUACUGAGGAUGGGGCUUUAUCAGAUGUUGAGGACUCUUGAGGUUGAUGCUAUCCAUGGUUAUGAUGAUAAGACCAAACAAGACAAACCAGUUCUUGACCUUAUGUUUGGCAGGCUUCAAGAGAUGCAAAAUUCUCUUCUAAAGUCUCUGGAAGAAAAUCAGCAAUGCAUAAUUGAGAACUCACUUCUUAUUGCACUGCUUGGGCAACUGAAACUAGAGGCAGAAAAUCUCGCUACAGAGAAGAAUGCACUGCAUCAGGAGUUGAAAGUUCAAUCUGAGCAGUUUUCUGAACUGCAGAGCAGAGCUGAAAAACUUGUGGAUAUGAAUGAAGAACUGAGAUCAAAAGUGAUGGAGGGAGGCCAAAGAGAAGAAAUUUUGCAGACUGAAAUUGGGAGUGUUCGCGGGCAACUGUUAGGUUUGCAAAGGGCUUACCAGAGUUCAUUGGAAGAGAACUGCAAGGUGCUUGAUGAGAAAAGGUCUUUGAUGAAGGAGGUUUUAGACUUGGGCAAGGAGAAACAUAAGCUAGAAGAGGAAAACUAUGUUGUCUUUGCUGAAGCAAUAUCUCAAAGUAGCAUUUCUCUUAUUUUUAAGGAUAUUAUCGCUGAAAAUUUUGAGGAUAUAAAGCAUCUCAGUGACAAUCUGGAUAAACUCAAACGUGUCAAUAAUGAUCUUGAGGGAGAAGUGAGGGUUAUGGAGAGAAGGUUUGAAGAUAUGCAAAUGGAAAACUCACAUCUCAAGGAUUCAAUGCAAAAAUUAGAGAAUGAACUGGUUUCAGUUAGAUCUGUUGGUGAUCGAUUAAAUGAUGAAGUUGCGAGGGGAAAAGAUCUGUUAUGCCAGAAGGAGAAUGGGCUUUUGGAAGCAGCACAGAUGCUCAGUGCAAUUCAAGAGGAGAGAGCCCAACUGAAUAAGGUAGUGGAGGACCUGAAGAGUAAAUAUGAGGAGGUCAAGCUGGUAGGAGAAGAUCGAGAGAAGCAAAUUCUGAAACUAGCUGGAGACUAUGAUCAUAAAAGUAAGGAGAGUGAAAGCAUUUGGCAGGCUAAUCAGAAAUUGGAGGCUGAGUUGUCGAAGUUGCAUGAGGAACUUGAAGAAAGGAAACAUAGGGAGGACAGUUUGAAUCUUGAACUACAAAAGGGAAGACAGGAGGUUGAACUUUGGGAAAAUCAGGCUGCUGCAUUGUUUGGAGAGCUACAGAUCUCUGCUGUCCGUGAAGCAUUGCUUGAAGAGAAGGCUCAUGAGCUCAGUAAGGAAUGUGAAGUCCUUGAAAGUAGAAGUAAUUCCAAAGCUAUGGAGGUAGAAGAGCUGGAAAAAAGUGUUAUAAUCUUGGAAGGUGAGAAUGGAGGACUUAAAGCUCAGUUGGCAGCAUAUAUUCCUGCUGUCAUUUCUCUCAGGGACAGUGUGACAUCCUUGCAGAGUCGAACUCUCUUGCAUAGUAAACUUCCCACAGAUUAUAAUGAAGAAGUAAAGGAUGCCAAUCUGGGGACUGAAUUGCAUGCUGAAAGCUGUCAACAAACAAGUGAAGAUCUAAUUGCCUCAGUUCCAGAUGGUUUUUUGGACUUGCAGGGUAUCCAUAUGAAGAUUAAAUCUAUUGAAAGAGCGGUGCUGGAAAUGGAAAGGCUUGCAAUGCUGGAAAACUUAAAUCUAAAUUCCAAACUAGAGACUGCUAUGACACAGAUUGAAGAGUUAAGAUUUGGAAGCAGCUCACGUCAAGAAAGUGUUAGAGCAAAGAGGCAUGUGAAUGCUAGACAAGAAGGGGAGGAACUUGGCCGUGGAUCCAGCAACAAUGUCAAAAUGCAGAGGCCAACACCUGAAAUCUCUGAAGAGGAUAAUGAGAUGAUGACAAAAGACAUUAUGCUUGAUCAAAUAUCUGAGUGCUCAUCCUAUGGGUUAAGCAGGAGAGAAACUGCAGAGGUUGAUGAUCAGAUGCUUGAGUUGUGGGAGACUGCCGACCAUGAUGGUAGCAUUGACUUAAAAGUCGGCAAAGCCCAGAAGAUGGUUGCUGCACCAACUGACCACCAACAAAUUGAUUCAGUGAAGGAACACAAGGGCAAAAAUCCCUCUACAGAAUCUCUUGUUAAAGAGUUGGGUGUAGAUAAAGAGAGCUCUAAGAGGUUUACAGAGCCCAACCAUGAAGGAAGCAAGAGAAAGAUUUUAGAAAGACUUGAUUCUGAUGCACAAAAAUUGGCUAACCUUCAGAUAACUGUGCAGGAUCUGAAGAGAAAAGUGGAGGUAACUGAGACGGGCAAAAAGGGGAAGGGAAUUGAAUAUGGUACAGUUAGAGAGCAGUUAGAAGAAGCUGAGGAAGCCAUCAUGAAGCUAUUUGAUGUCAAUCGCAAAUUGAUGACACAUGUUGAAGAUGGUUCCUGGUCUUCUGAUGGGAAAUCUGCAUUAGAAUCAGAUGAGAGUGGGAGUGUUAGGAGGCGGAGAGCAUCAGAACAAGCUCGAAGAGGGUCUGAAAAGAUUGGGCGCUUGCAGUUAGAGGUGCAGAAAAUACAGUUUCUCUUGCUGAAGCUUGAUGAUGAAAAAGAAAGCAAAGGAAGAACCAGAAUCACAGAGCGAAAAACAAGAGUUCUAUUGCGGGACUAUCUUUAUGGUGGGGUAAGAACCAGCCAGAAGAGGAAGAAAGCGCCCUUUUGUGCAUGCGUGCAACCCCCAACUAAAGGAGAUUGAGGCUAUUACUUGUCGUCGGCACAUAAUUAGUGUAGUUUUCCAGUAAUGAGACUUUAGUUGCAUUGUCCAUAAGUCUGCCGUCCUAGUUUUCAUGUCUCACAUAUUUAUAUUCUUACGGAGGCUUUCUUCUCAAGUUUAGAGAUCCUGCUGUAUAUUUCAGGCUCCAUCUAAUUGAAAGAAGCUGCUCUCUUACGGCCUUUUGUUUCCUUCUUUAUACUUUUACUCGGCAUAAAUCUGGAUUUUAAUGGAAAUUAUUUUCUUCAAGGUCAAUAAAUGUUGUUUUCCAUA